AUGCAUCAUGACACCAUUCGAGCCUUCAUGGCCAAACUCGACCUCUGGAAAUGUCCAAUUCAGCAGGGAAAUGCAGACAGUUUUAGGAACUUAAAUUCUGCUGUCGCUCACGGUAACCUUGUAUUUGAGUUUAAGAAACAAAUAAUCACUCAUGUAAGUGACUUGAAAGCAGAAUUCAUCAGAUGCUUCCCAGAUAUAGGGGAGAAGCGUGAAGCCUGGAAAUUCACCAGGAACCCAUUUCAAUGUGAGGUAGCUGAUGAAGUCCAGGGGGAGUUUCUUGAGUUGAAGCUCAAUUCCACAGCUAAAGACGACUUCAAAGAUAUGGAUUUGGAGACGUUCUGGGUCAAGUACCAACCUGUUUACCCUCUGACCUCACAUCAGGCUCUUCGGAUUCUAACAAUGUUUGGAUCCACAUAUCUAUGUGAAACUGCAUUUUUCACGCUUGUUGCCAUCAAAACCAAGAUAGAAACCGCCUGA